ACGUUUGAGUACUGUGUCUCCAGUGAUAUGGCUUGAGCACAAAACAAACAAGUUGCGAGAGCUGUAAAGCUAGGGGUGACACGCUCAAAGCAGACACUCGAUACUUCCCCCAUUUUCUUGGCGACGAAAAAAUGAAUUUGAUUUUCACUGUGGGGUUUCUUACGUGGAACGCUUUAGCGGUGGACUGUUAUUACGAAUGUGUUGUUAGAAAUAAGGUUAUUCUUUACAAGAACGAUCGUAGUUAAAGUGGAAUCUGCGAGUUGUUUACUUCAUCAAUGCAAUGCGCACCUUCAGUCGGCAUCACCGAAUGAUUGACAGGUGAACAUCACGAGAUACCAUCACUAUGACCUCAUCGUGCACCAACCUCCCCCCUGCCGCCCUCAACGGCCGUAUGGUGAGGAAUGGCAACAUCGUAGACUACUUCUGUGCUGCGGGCUUCUCCAUGACGUCAGGUGACCCCCGGGCCACGUGUGUAAGCACUAACACCUGGUACCCAGACACGCCCCCUGUGUGUACCGUUAUUAAGAAUACGCCUGAUGACGUUGUGCCGCUGUGGGUGCCUAUCACGUGCGCCAUCCUCCUCUCCCUCAUCGCGGCGACCUGCCUCGCCCUCGCCUGCUACUACUGCUGCUGUCGCGGACGCUGUUGUGCUAACUAUAACAGAAUCAGAGCGUCCACGGCAGACAUCCAUGACGAAGGUUACCAUGACAAUAAGGGUUACUAUGGCAGCCAGCAACACAGAGGAGAUAGUUACUAUUAUGAUGAUAGAUAUACUUACACGAAAACUGAUCCUGGGCGAAAAUAUGACGGGCCGUAUAUUAUUCCUGUCAGUAACAGACAGCGCCAGUAUCCCCCGAACAGAUCAUACGUAGAGUACAUAACAAAGGAACCCCAAAAGCCGAAACCAAAACAGUACGGUCACGUCCCUGCUAAGGUGCGAACCACGCCCACAUCCACUACCCCACGUGUUGAUGUUGUCCACGUGGUCCAGCUAGCAAAUGGUCAACUCGUCCCAAUGGACAAGUAUCUGAGGGAGCACCCGGGGGCUCGCCUGGAGACCCAGGGGGACCGUGACGUGGUGUAUGCCCCGGCAACCAAGACUGACAGUAAACCCAGGCAAGCAUGGAAGGCUAAUAACAAGAGGACUCCCCCGCCUCCCGUUGUAACUUCACGUGACUACAACUCCAAAGACCCUGUCGUUGUCACGGUGAUGAACGACCUGAACUACAACCACCCUCAACACGAGGACAAGAAACAGAAAGGGGCCAGCAAGAAGAUCUUUCAUCAACCACAACAGCCGACCCGGGUGGGCGUGGUCAACACAAAGACGGGCGUGGCUGGGCGAACACGGGAAGACGGGGUGAAACCAGAGAGAGACAAGAAGGAUAAAACUUCUAAAGAUCUGGAAGAAAACAAAUCGAAAGUCAGCAACGACGAUCCUCCCGACAGAGACACCAAGGACGGCAGCAACUCCAAGAAAGACGACGACGACGAUAGUAUCAUUAAUAAUGAAUCAGAACCUGGAGAGCCAAUCAGAGCGCAGUACCUCAGAUCCGGUAGCAACCUGGACUUUGACCUUGACCUGGAAACUACCAACACUCCACCCAAUGCUACCAAGCCCGAGUUCAAGAGACACGCCUUCGCCGUGAUGGAUUACAACAGGGCAAGACGGGCCAAGGAGUUCCCUGCGUGGAGACCCCACAUCAACCCGGUCCGGAACAUCAACACCAGCACCCAGUGAUGAAGAUGCUGCGGGCACAUCCGGCGGAACAUCGGGGAAAGGAACAUCGUGAUAACUAAAAGCUAACAUCAAUAUGUGAAAACUCAUCUUGUACAUCCCAUGAUAGUUGUGCGGCACAUCUUGCCCUUGAAUCCGCGGACUGCAUGACACCCUACAUACAUUUAUAAAAGUGCCGUUAGUCAUCAUGUGCGCAGGUAAGAAUUGGAAAGAACCUACGAAUCUCUACGGAUUUAAUAUUUGAACCAGAUAAAGACCAUCUUGCGUAAAUGACAUCAUUAGAAAUAUUUGCCAGACGUAUUAGGGGACCAAUGGUGAUUUUCGGUGGGGUAGAGGAUUGGUUGGUUUGAUAUCACAUUUUUAAAUGUUUAGGACUCAAUUAUUUUGCCCAACAUAAACAGGCGCUCAAUUAUUUUUUAAUAGAUAUAAAUAACGAACUAUGUUCUUUGGACGCUUGUUUAUACAUUUACUUUCUGUCCAGUGUGAGGUGUUCAUGAACAAAUUCAGUUGAUAAUUGUUUGUAGCAUUACAUCAGGUUGGGAGGAUCAUUUGGAGAUAUUUGUUUCAGUAUUUAUUUCAGUGAGUGAAUGAGUGAGUGAGUUGGAUUCGUUGUUUCAACGAACAAUGUUUCUCUUGGGAAACGGACCUAAAGGGUAGGGAAAAGAUAUUUGAAAGCAGCUGUAAAGUAACAGACUUAUGUGUUUGUCCUAUGACCAAAACUAACCUGAGGAGCAAGAGAAACAAUACCUCUCAGUGGAUUUUGUUAUAUGUUUGAGUUUCAAUUGAAAAUAUCUCAAGUUAGCUAUAAUAUCAAAAAUAUUAGCUGUACAGGCGCAUAGUCAGCAACGAAAGAAUACGUCCACAUGAUUAUAUUUUUAAAAAUAUAAUUUGCUUUAAAACGUUUACAAGUUAAAAAAAACAUUCGUACAAUCCACAAAUGCUGAUGGAUAUAUUAGACAUCUUAUCUUUGAAUAUCAAUACAUAUGCUUUUUCGCCACAAGUUUACAUUUCCAACAUCGUAGGAGACACAAGGUUGCAAAUUAAUUUCUUCAUUCAACCAAUUUGUUUUAACAAAAUUACCCAGCUACAGAUUACUUUUUCCAAACAAUUGCAGCAAUGAGUGAUGUUAUGUUGAAGUAGACAUUAAAUUUAACAACAGUUCUUUCAAUUUUCAAUUACAUAUAAAACAAAACUCGGUAUACUUUCUGGUACCCCUCAGUUUAGGCACGUUUCGUGAAUGUACAGCACGACAUAUAUACGCAUGUUUUAGUUUAUUAUCAUGACACGAUAAACCUGUGAUGUCAUCUGUUGUUUUGGAGGUUUCUUGUAUUCGUAGUGGCCUCUGAUGGUCCUUAUUGUGCGGUUCAACGUCUUUGGUGUUGUUAACAAACAUUUUAAUGACUUGUACCUGAAGUAGGUCACUACAAACGUUAUAAUAACCAUAUGUCUGGCAUGUGGUGCAUUAUAGCCAUGUUGUGUGUUUAUGUGUACGCGGGUUUAUGUUUGAGACAAACGUCAAAUGUAUUCUUUGUGGUUUGGUAUACUGUUACGUUUUCAAGGACAAAUCUUUAUAUUAGAGGCAUCUAACUGUAAAUUGUAAUUACAAACCUCUCCAUAUUGUUUUAGUGUUGUGUUUAUAAAUACCAAAAACAUUCCGGCGCGAAUUGUAGAUGUUGCGUAGAAAUCACGCCGCGAAAGCUGUCAAAGUAAACUCGCUGAAAAUUCGGUCUAAUGUCUGUGAACCAAAAUUAAUUUUGUCUAUCUUUUUCUCACUUGGGAUAUUUGAAAAAUCAUUUUAUAUAUACAAAAUCAGCUUUGUGUUUUUGUCCGACGUAUUGCCCAAUCAAUUAAUGUAUCAUUGUUAUCGACAAGCAAUCUGUGAUAGUCUUCAGUUGUAUUUUAAUAAAAAGAAAUAGUGUUUG